CGCGGUGCCGGGCGGGGCGGCGGGGCUGGCUGGUGGACGCUGCCCGCUGAGCUGAGCCGGCCGCGGUGCGGGCGGGGACGCGGCGGCCAUGGGGAACAAGCAGACCAUAUUCACCGAGGAGCAGCUGGACAAUUACCAGGACUGCACCUUCUUCAACAAGAAGGACAUUCUCAAGUUGCACGCACGCUUCUAUGAGCUGGCCCCCAACCUCGUGCCCAUGGACUACAGGAAGAGCCCGAUUGUGCACGUGCCCAUGAGCCUUAUCAUCCAGAUGCCUGAGCUGCGGCUCCUGCCCGCAGAGGUUCCAGCCCCCUCUGUGAACACCAGGAUGGGUGCAGGGGCACUUCUUGGUGCCUCUCACCUGCACACGGUCCCCCAGGAGAACCCCUUCAAGGAGCGGAUCGUGGAGGCAUUCUCCGAGGAAGGCGACGGCAAUCUCACCUUCAACGACUUUGUAGACAUGUUCUCAGUGCUCUGCGAGUCAGCACCCCGAGACCUCAAAGCCAGCUAUGCCUUCAAGAUUUAUGACUUCAACACUGACAACUUCAUCUGCAAGGAGGACCUGGAGCGGACAUUGGCUCGGCUCACCAAGUCGGAGCUGGAUGAGGACGAGGUGGUGAUGGUGUGUGACAAGGUCAUUGAGGAGGCCGACCUGGAUGGGGAUGGCAAGCUGGGCUUUGCUGACUUUGAGGAUAUGAUCGCCAAGGCCCCCGACUUCCUCAGCACCUUCCACAUCCGGAUCUGAGGACUCGACCCAAAAGCCCAGCUUCCCGCUCGGCAGUGCUCACUGGAUCCCCAGAAAGAGACUGUGGUGUGGGAGUAUACUCAUGGACAUUUCCUCAGCCCUUUGAGCAAAAAAGUCCUUAACCAGGGAAGGAGGUGGGGACAGGGCCCUUCCCAGACUCAGGAUCUGGCCCCAGAACCUCCCGCAACCCUGCCUUGCACUCCAGGUCACUCCUGGCAAGGGGCAGGUGCUAACCUGUCCAGGUGCUGGGCCCAGGGCAAAAAGCAGCCAGGAUGUGUCAGGGAACAAGAGGCUUCCCCCAGACCAAGCUAUUCCCCCCCGCCGUGAUAGGGGACCCCGUCCCUGUCCAGACCCCAGUUCCUGCAGUAAAGCCGUUUUCUCCCUGCUCUGU